AUGAGUCAGCUCCCUGAUGAAUUGCCUGACAGUCUUACUAUCAUCAGAGAAACACCACAAGUUCGUGGUUUGCACACGUUUAUCCGGAACAAGUACACGAAAAGAGAUGAGUUGAUUUUCUACUCUGAGCGCCUUACACGCAUUCUUGUUGAAGAAGCCAUGAAUUUCAUGCCGUAUAAAGAUGUAGAGAUCGAGCUCAACAAUGGUCAAAAGGUAAAAGGACGUCGUCAAUGCGCCAAGAUUUGCGGGAUAGCAAUAAUGAGAGCAGGGGAGACUAUGGAGAACUCUCUACGAGCGGUUGUGAAGGAUUGUAAGGUAAACACUCUGUUU